AUGGAGUCGGGUUCGGGAGCUAUAGGAUCUUCGAACAUUGGUUUCCAGGUGAGUUCUUCCGCGAUUGUCCUACCUUACCUUCGCCGACUUUCCGUCGAGAGGGUUCUAGGGUUUUGGGCCUGGUUUUCCCUUCACCUUUUGGCGACCCCGCGAAUGAUCUCUGGCAUUUUUCUGCAGUUGCUGAAGAAGUGCGGUUGGAAGGAAGGUACCGGUCUAGGGGUUUUUGAGCAGGUAAGCGGCCGGGAUGAAGAUUUGUUCCUUUGCUGCCCUCUUACAUGUCGAUCUGAUACUUAAUUCAUAUUUUCAUUUGCUUUUUAUUUCUUCCUUUUAACCUGGUGUGGUAGCAAAAAUUCGUCUGUUAAUUGUUGCCCAUGUUCUUCUUCCCCCUCUUAUGAUUGAUACAAUCAUCUUAACCAUUGUCAAUCGCUGCCGCAACUGAUCCCAUGAGCCUUCAGAAACCAAAAAUAUCUGAACAAAUUUUCGGGGUGGAUUUUAUUCUGCUUAACAUUCUUCCGAUUUACACGCCAAAAACUUCCAAACAUUAAAUUGUUGGGCUUGGGAGGGAUAGAUUUUUAACAAAUUAUAGAUAGCAACGUGUGAAAUUGCAGAAGAAUUGGGGAAGAAAACACAGUGCGUUUUCUCUAGUCCACGGGAACAUUGAUUUUCCUACACAUGCAUCAUAGUGUCUUACUGUUGAAAACUCGUUACGUAUAACCCUCUGAUGAUAAUGUGUUAACAAGUUUGCCAUUAAAUCAGGGAAGAUUGGAGCCUCUCCAGACACACGUGAAGAAGAAUAAGCUUGGUUUAGGGGCGGAGAUAGCAAAACAGAAGAGAAGCAUCUCUGCAGAUGAAGCAAAGCAAAGCAAAAUCCGUACUUUUGAGAAGCCAUCAUCUGAACGGCAAAAUGAAAAUGUGAGUCUCUCCAUUCUCAAUUCGAGUUCCAUCUGUUCUUCAGGCAUUAGUUUUACUGCUGUUGAUUAACUCCUCUGUCCGUUGUUUCUCAACCUGUCCUUGCCUUUUUGUAUGAUGUUAACUUUCACAUGGAAAACCCUCUCCAAGAAUCAUCUGGUUUGAAAAGAUGUUUCUGUGGGUUGACUUCCUUGCGUUUUUGCUAGUGAGAUUAGCCAGAUUAUUUAUCCCAUUGGUAUGAGCAACUUACCAUCUCUGAUGGUGCCCAAGUGGAGGUACAACCCAACUAAGAUGUCUGUAUUUGCCAGGUAUCCUUCCGGCCAAAGAAAAAGAUGAAAUUGGCCUCCAAGAGGUUGAAGAAAUUGAUGGAGGAAGAGAGGAAGAUGAAGGACAAGGAGUUUGAGCGAGCUUUCUUCAGGGAAUUCUGGCCAGAAAAUGUAUAA